CGCGCUUCCUCUUCCGGUGCCAGGCGUAGCCGCGUCUCUGCCGCCUCGGUCCGUCAGACUUCCAGUCCGUUCUCCAUUGCAGGUCCCCUCCGGACUCUCGGCCGCCACCCGCUCGGCGCGUAGGACUCGGAUCCUGCCGUGAAAAUGUCAGAUGAAUUUUCGUUGGCAGAUGCGCUACCUGAACAGUCCUCUGCCAAAACAUCUGUGAGCAAUACAAAACCUGGCCAGGCUCCUCAGGGCUGGCCAGGCUCCAGCCCUUGGAGUAACCCAAGUGCUCCACCUGCAAUGCCACCUGGACUCCCACCAAGUAGUGCAGCGCCCGCCACUGUGCCUUUCGGAGCAGCAUCGACGGGAAUGUACCCCUCCAUGCGUCCGGCCGGGCCACCACCAGGGCCCCCGGCACCCUUUCCCCCUUCUGGACCAUCGUGUGUCCCGCCUAGUGGCCCUUACCCAGCCCCUGCCGUGCCAGGCCCUGGCCCCACAGGGCCGUAUGCUACACCAAAUAUGCCAAUUCCAGAGCUACCUAGGCCGUAUGCUGCACCCACAGAUCCAGCUGCAGCUGGUACUUUAGGUCCAUGGGGAUCCAUGUCCUCUGGACCUUGGCCACCAGGAAUUGGGGGGCAGCAUCCUAAUAUGCCAUAUCGAUCUCCAGGGCCAUACCCCACUGUUCCUCCGCCAGUGUCUGGAGCACCACCUGUGCCAUGGGGCACUGUGCCACCAGGAGCCUGGGGACCACCAGCACCAUAUCCUGGCCCUGCAGGACCUUAUCCCACGCCAGGACCCCAUCCUGCUCUGAAUAAUCCUUACCAAGUGCCUUCAGGACCUUCUGGUAUCCCACCAAUGCCUGGUGGCCCUCAUUCUUACCAUUAAGUUGGCAGUGGAUGAGGAGACGGCACACUGCUUUUUGAAGUACAUGCGAAUGCACGUGAAGGCAUAUAG